UCACAACAUGCUUCAGAUGGAUACUCGUAGUGAAGCCGUGAAAGAGCCACUUCCAUCAAAGUCUACCCAGAGCCCCAAAGUAGUGAAAAUGUAUAAAGUACAGACAAAAGACAUGGAAAUUUGUGAAGUGUCAGCUCCCGUGAUUGGCAAGUCCAAGCUCAUCACUACUAUGCUGGAAGACUUGAAUUUACAAGAUGAUGAUACGCCAAUCCCUAUACCGAAUGUGACUUCCUUGGUUUUCAAGAAGAUCGUAACAUGGUGUGAGAGACGUGGUUCGAAUCUGGAGGCGACUUCAAGUGCCGAAGAGGAGCAGUGGAGAAAACAGUAUUUCAAAAUCGACAAUGGGCUUCUAUUUGAUAUUAUCAUGGCUGCGAAUUACUUGGAUAUUCCUGAUCUCCUCGAUAGUGCGUGCAAAGUGGUUGCUGGAAUGAUGAGAGGCAAAUCUGUUCAAGAAAUUCGUACUUUGUUCAACAUCACCAAUGACUUCACCCCUCAGGAAGAAGAAGAAAUCAGGAAGGAAAACAGCUGGGAAGAUUAACUCAGAAUGUAUCUCCAAUCAAGUUAUUGUGUUAUUUUAUUCAUGCUUAUUCUGAC